UCCAAGUGUCUACAUGUAUCCAAUCAUCGUCUUACUACAUGACUCAAUCUAAGGAACGCUUCUGGGCUCGGACACACGCAAACCACGCCUUACGAAGUUCGAUCCACGCUUAUCACUCCCACCUUAUAGCCCCCCCCCCGUAUGGCAAAUGGAUUUGCCCUUGCACAUAAACCCACUAAUUUCCUCAUUGCGUCCCCGCCUCCGCUUGCCCUUUCACCCCUUAGACUACUUACUAUAAUACUGCACCGUCCCUAGCCCUGCGUACUCUUCAUCUAACUCAUCCCUCACAACAGCAACCCCAACAACAACCACCACCAAAAUGCCCCCCUCAACUAAAUUCACCAUCCGCCGCGCCACCGAACCCGACGCCCCGCACCUCGCCCACAUCAACAUCACCGCCUUCGAGCCCACCCCGUUCUGGCGCAACCUGUUCCCCGCCCUCGACCGCCGGGCCACCUACCCGCUCAAGCUCGCCCGCACCCUGACCAAGCUCGCCGACAGCGCCUCCCACCUCCUCGUCGCCGAGGAUCCCGCUACGGGCGCGGUGGUCGGCUACGCGCGCUGGACGGUCCCUGGCCCCCCCGCCCCCGCAAGCUCCGGUCCAAUUGCCCUCUCCCCCGCCAACCAAGACCUCGUCACCGCCUUUCGACAGGCCGGGGACGGGGCCCUCCCCCCCGGCACCAACCUGGCCAUCCACUCCCGGUUCUGGGGGGAUUUGGAGCGCUUGAAGGCGAAGUAUCUGCGGGAGGGGGAUUUCGGUGCGUUUUUUCCCGUCUUCUUCCUUGGUGUUGCCUCCUUUUUCUUGUUCUUUCUUGGUGUUGUUGUUGUCAGUAAGGUGGGGGAUCACGCUAAUUCAAAGGGGCUGGGGGAGGGGGCAGUCCUCGAAUUCCUGGCGACGCUACCCGAAGCACAAGGCCAAGGCGUGGCGUCGGGGUUGCUGCGGUGGGGGUUGGAGCGGGCGGAUGCGCGGAAUGCGCGGGUGUAUCUGGAGGCGACGGAGGAAGGGUACCCCGUUUAUCGGAAGUAUGGGUGGCGGGAUCUGGAGGUGUUGGAGUUGGAUUUCGCGGGGCUGGGGGGCCGGAGCGAGCGGCAGCGGUGGGUGAUGAUGAUGCGCGAGAGGAGGGAUCCGGCUGGAGAGCAGAGCAGGGGAUUGAAAGAUUAAUGGGGUUGCUUGCAACAAGGUUUGGGGGGUGGAAUUUUGUAUAUAGCUUGUUGACCUCGUGUUGAGGGGAGAGAAGUAGAGUUUGGCUCUGGAUUGCAUCCUAUCCAAUUCCUGCGGCUGGCCAGUUGUCCUGCCAAGAGGAAGUAGGGUCAGUGCUCGCUGUGAAUGAGUCAUAGAGUGUAUAAAUGUCUUGUAGAGACAGCAAGUACUUGUAUCUCAUGUUCAGCUG